CUACCAGCUGUAUCAUAGUUACUCUAACAUAUACUAUCAAAUUAAGAGUUUGAAUUGCGCCGCUGUUUAUUUUGUACUCAGCGAACUUGCUUUUGGGAAUUACUUCCGACCGCGCUUAUCGACGAACCAGCUGUCCUUCCAAGCCAUAGCCGACGUUACACAGGAAACAGCCAACAAUGGCUACAUUCGCUAAAUCCUCCUUCUCGGCCUCCUCCUAUGCCUCCUUCCGCCCAACCUACUCCCAGACCUUCUACAACACCCUCCUCCGCUACCACCAUGGCCCAACCGCCUCCCUCCUCGAGCUCGGCACCGGCCACGGCCUGAUCGCGCGCCGCCUCUCCCCAACAUUCAAGCACAUCGUCGCCACCGACCCCUCCCCAUCCAUGAUCGCGCAGGCGCGCUCCUCCAUCGUCGACCGCCCAGAGUUCAGCAACAUCGAUUUCCGGCAGGCGUCUGCGGAGAGCCUCGACGAUAUACCGAGUGGGAGUGUCGAUGCUGUGAUAGCAGGACAGGCGGCGCAUUGGUUUGACUUUGCGAAGGUGUGGCCGGAGCUGAGUCGCGUGGUGCGGAAGGAGGGGACGGUGGCGUUCUGGGGGUACAAGGAUAAUAUCUUUGUGGAGCAUCCGAGGGCGACGGCGAUUCUGGAUAGGUACUGCUAUGCGAUGGAGGAGGGGAUGAUGGGGCCGCAUUGGGAGCAGCCGGGGAGGAAUAAGUUGAGGGAUUUGUAUAGGGAGAUUGUGCCGCCGGCUGAGGGGUGGGAGGCGGUGGAGAGGAGGGAGUAUGAGCCUGCUACUACGGGGAAACAGAAGGGGAAGGGGGAGGUGGUGAUGGCGAAGAGGAUGACGCUGAGGGAUGUGGAAGGGUAUACGAGGACGUUUAGUGCGUUUAUCAAUUGGGCGGAUGCAAAUCCGGAUAGGAAGGCGAGGAAGGAUGGUGGGAAGGGAGAUGUGGUCGAUGACCUGUUUGAUGCCAUGGUCGCGGCGGAGCCGAAGUGGAAGGAAGCCGGCGAGAACUGGAGGGAUGUCGAGGUUGAGAUGGAGUGGGGGAGUAUAAUGCUGAUGGCGAGGAAGAAGUGAGACUGGGGAUGAGACCGAGGGGUAGGUCGAGUGGGGAGGAAGAGGAGGAUGUAUAAAUAGAGAUAUCGACGACAACUCUCCAAUCUUGCCGGUAUAUAUUAGAUAUAGAAGAAUAUAGUAGACCUAUAGUAUUCAAUUACAAUACAAAUAGUUAAGGUCAAUAAUAGUUACUGUAGAC